AUGGAUUUACCGCCGCGAAGCUCCAAUUGGGUAGCGUUCGAGUCCACCUCUCUUCUCGUAAUUGCCAUUACAGCAGUUGCGGGUAAUGUUUUCAUAUGUCUUGCAACAGCAAGAAAUCCUAACCUACGAACGACGACGAAUUUAUGGGUAACGGCCUUAGCUGUUGCGGACUUAGCUCGCUCAUGCAUCACCGCGCCAAUGACUGUCGGAGCUCUUAUUUCUGGUCGCUGGAAUUACGGAACAGUAGGUUGUGUCAUACAGGGAUUCUUCACGUACUUUCUCACCCUCGUUUCCUUAAUAACCAUGGCGUUUAUGGCCUUGAACCGAUACUGCCGAGUUGUCAAACCAUCACUUUAUUUGAAAAUUUUUACCAAACGACGCUCUAUCGCCUUGUUGUCAGCAUCUUGGUGUUUCUUAGCGCUGACGGUCUCUUUCCCAGUGAUAAUAGGCUGGGCCGAGUUUUCUUUCUAUCCCGGUUACGCCGCCUGCGUUUUGAAAUUCCACACGCCAACUAUGACAAGAACCUUUCUCAUGAUGGACGCUGGGCUGAUCCUCUUCCCUUGCAUGGUUACAAUAGCCGGAUGUUACUUCAAAGUGUUGCGAGCCGUACGCCUACACAACCUUCAGGUUGUAUGUUCACUGCAAAGAUCAUCUCACAGUAAACUUAUAAGCGGAACGAAUAUAGAAGAAAUACGAGUGACAAAAACGCUCUUCCUCUUAGUUUCCACGUUUGCAAUUUGUUGGAUUCCCGCCUACACUAUCGCAUUUCUGUGCCGUGGAAAUCUUGUGAUGAUUUCGUUUCAAGGGACCCUUGCUGUCACGUUUCUCGUGGGGCUCAACUCAGCAUGUAAUCCCUUCAUAUAUGGGUACAUGAAUCGCUCCUUUAGAGUAGAGUUUUGGAAGCUUAUUCCUUGCAAAAGGGUGGAAAACCAAGUGGUGCCGCAGUUAGAAAUGGAAAACACUUCACCCCUGUCUUACGUUGGGACGCGGCAUUAACCAUUCGAUCAGCAUCAAAGUUCUCCUUAUGAUAUCGAUGCUUUAUAAAACAAAGCUGGUGAUGAGAAUUAGGGACAUGAUCACACAGCUUGAAUCUGGUUUUUACUUUAACAACUUCUUCCUAACAACCUCUAAAGGAUGUCUAUAAGAACAACAAUUAGACUUUGAAUUUUGAUGGUAGAGUUUGAAGGAUUAAGACCAUGAAACCAUCUGCUGCUCCGUAUUGUACCAAAGCAAAAACUUUUUAAACCCAACUUAGCCUGCGAAAACAGCCGACGCCGCACUGGUUUCUCCUCGAAAUAGGGUGCUUAUUCCAUCCCGUUUAAUUUGUCAAAUGAUGGCAAAUUUUUUUGGAGUUGAAUUCUAAAGGACUGCAUCAAAGUUCAGGAAAAGAAAAAGAAAGUCGUUGCCUUUUGUUCCCGUCCUCAACAAAACGUGAAAUUAGCCAGUUUCACGUUGUAGUCGUGCAACGACGGCAGAAAAAUGUACAAAAAAAGCGUGAUGCACGUGCAAACUUCUAAACCUAUUGCGUUUUGCCGUUCUCGUUGCCGUCGCCGUCGUCGUUGCGUAAGCUACCUAAUGAUGUCCGUUGAACGACGGCAGAAAUUUCAUACUAGUGACGGUUUGUUUGAAACAAAUUUCCAUCGUGGUACGACCAAUCAGACGCACUACCCAGAUCUGACUAGCAACACGUCAUCAGUACUGAAUUUCUGCGCUCGUUCCUCAAACGUCUUUUCGCGGGCAUACCACCGGUUGAGUCACGAAUUGUUGUCUGUUUUAGGCUAAAACCAACCGCGCUGCAAGUCGAAAAUCGAGAAAUAUUAAAGUUUCGUUUCGUAAACGAUUAAAUUACAACUGGUAUCAUAGAAAAAUAAUGCCAAAGAUGUGUUAUUUGAUGAUCACACGAAAGUACUGCUCAGUAGCUUUCAUUUGAAUGGUCACACCAUAGGAUUUCAUCCUCAGAUUCAAAAGUUAGAACCACCUUGUACAGCAUAAUAAACAGUACCACAGGAAAGUACUGCUCAGUAGCUUUCAUUUGAAUGGUCACACCAUAGGAUUUCAGCCUCAGAUUCAAAAGUUAGAACCACCGAGUACAGUAAUUCCGUUGUAUACAGAACCAACUGUGAGUCUUCAGCCUCUUAUAUAUCCUUUUUGUAAGUUUUUUUUUCUCCGGGUUUUUUUGCUUUGCUGAGGACUAAGAAGGGUUAGCAAAUACUUAGAUAUCACGUAAAUAUUCUGAACGUUUUUCGAAAGAGAAGUGUUAAGUCUUAAUGUUUCGCUAUCCAGGCCUGUCAGUAGUUUUCUGCGGAAACGCUGGUUAUUUUAGUUGCUAGUUGGUUAUUUUAGCUGCUAGAUUGCAGAAGAAAGUUCAAAUCUUGAGAAUUGUUUCGCUUUACACUACACGAGUACUUGACUUAACAGGAAACUGCAUGGAAAAUUUUGGACAGAAUUUCAGUCUGAUUCCUGAAUGGAAUCAGAAACAGCCUGCCGUUUGGGAAACCUGUGGCUAGCAUUUACUAGCCCCCAAUUUACAACAAAAUCGUAAAAAAUGCACUUGACAAAAUCCCUGAAAUGUUUGUAAAUUGUAAAUAAAGUUCCUACCAAGUGAGGUUUUUAAUUUACAAAAAGCUCCUUUUUUCAUUUGUAUCCGACUGAUUUGGUAAAUACUAAAAAAACUAUCCCCCUCAGGGUUGGCGAACAGUGCUAGAUAUAUACCUCGACGCUUCGCGUCUCGUUAUAUACCCACCAGUGUUCACCUCUCCUUCGGGGGAUAGUUGUAUACUACUUUCUUUGUACGCUGGGAAUGUCAAAACUUAACUAGCUGUUUAUCAGAAUCUUCAGUUUCCUGGGUCAGCGCUGGUGACAGUACACCGUCAGUUACAGCUGUAAAGUGAGUGUGCUGUCAACUGAGGACGACAUGGCUAAGAAGUGAUGACGUCACAAAAACUGAAUUUUAGAAUUUAUUGGAUUUGAGUGAAAUUAUCAGAAAGAACUAGGUGAAAACUGUCCGUGUGCCAAAAAUCAGCUGGUUCGAGCAAAUUGGCGCUGCGAUAUAUCCAAUGCAGACGACUUAAAUAAGAAUACUGGAUAGAAUAAACUGUCAUUUUUGUCUCGCCAUUUUAAAACACGCAAACCAAGCAAAAGGAAAUACUGUUUUUUUAUAACCACCUCCUUAGGUGCAAAAAGUGCACCUGGCUUGAAUCUUACCCUUUACGGUCUAGAGUAAGAAGGAUUUAUAUGGAGUUAUUAAAGAAUAACCUUGCGUGUAUCUCACAGCCAAUUUGCUCUAACAAGCUGAUUGUUAGCAAAUAGACAGUUUUCUUCUUGCUCUUUGUGAAUAUCUCUGUCAAUGCCAUAAUUUCACAAAUUUAAUUUUUUGUGACAUCGUACUGAGUCGUUUCCUGUUUGAAAAUCAUUCUGUGGAUGAUUCUAAGUGGACCCAGUGUGAGUAGAGUAGUCUUAGAUAGUGAUGAAUCAAGCUACGUGAUGAACAUAUAUAUAUAUAUAUAUUUUCAAUUAACUGUAAGCCGAAGAAUAAACACGUCGCCGCCUGUACGGAUGUAGCACACAGGAAGCCAUUAAAGAGAUCGCCCUUGAUAUUUUGUUGAUGAUUUGUAAAUACACACGUAAUCCAUAGGGGUGAAAGCUGUCACGCAUCUUUAAGGUUAGAAUAUGUUUGUGUGAAGGAUUUCAACGUGAUAACGCAAGCCGGACACAGAUUGCCGAGAACUCUGAAACGACUCUAGAUUUCGCCGACUUUCUCAGCGUUUGACUCGCGAAGUUGUUUCGAAGUGAAAAUGAUCCGUGUACAUGACAAACCUGAAUAGUAAUUAUUUGAUGGUAUACGCUGACACAAAUAUCUUCAAUUAUUCAAUACGUGCCUUUUCUUAAUGAAAAAAAAAUUAAUGCUAAGAUAAUCGUUUAACCCAUUCACCACUGGUACAGUCUCAGCAAUGCGUUGCGACUCCAGGCAACGGGCGGGUGCUGCCACGUUUCUCGUGUUUGUAGAAAGAUUUAGGCGAAGUUUUCACUUUGCUUGUCGAUUAUGUUUCCUUAUAUUUCAUAUCCAUGUCAGUAUUAACCUUAGAAUUAUUUUCGACAGUUUUUAUAUGCUGGUUUCAUAAGUUCAGAAAUUGUCUACUUGAAUCUAUAACGUUUUCUAUUUGCCGGGAACGUUUUUCAAGGGCCCUUUAGAUUCUGACAGAAAACAGCAACACUACUCGUGUGCCUUAUAGUUGGUAGUUUUUUUUGUUUAAUAUAACAUAACGAACAUGAAAUUUGAGUCGGUUAUUUGCCGUUCGAGUUUGUUGGGUCCUAUGUAUUGUUCAAUGCAGGAAAUGCCAUUAAAAUUCAAAUUUGAAAUAUUCACUACCAUACCUUAAAAUUGAUGUGACUUGAUCNUAGAUUUCGCCGACUUUCUCAGCGUUUGACUCGCGAAGUUGUUUCGAAGUGAAAAUGAUCCGUGUACAUGACAAACCUGAAUAGUAAUUAUUUGAUGGUAUACGCUGACACAAAUAUCUUCAAUUAUUCAAUACGUGCCUUUUCUUAAUGAAAAAAAAAUUAAUGCUAAGAUAAUCGUUUAACCCAUUCACCACUGGUACAGUCUCAGCAAUGCGUUGCGACUCCAGGCAACGGGCGGGUGCUGCCACGUUUCUCGUGUUUGUAGAAAGAUUUAGGCGAAGUUUUCACUUUGCUUGUCGAUUAUGUUUCCUUAUAUUUCAUAUCCAUGUCAGUAUUAACCUUAGAAUUAUUUUCGACAGUUUUUAUAUGCUGGUUUCAUAAGUUCAGAAAUUGUCUACUUGAAUCUAUAACGUUUUCUAUUUGCCGGGAACGUUUUUCAAGGGCCCUUUAGAUUCUGACAGAAAACAGCAACACUACUCGUGUGCCUUAUAGUUGGUAGUUUUUUUUGUUUAAUAUAACAUAACGAACAUGAAAUUUGAGUCGGUUAUUUGCCGUUCGAGUUUGUUGGGUCCUAUGUAUUGUUCAAUGCAGGAAAUUCCAUUAAAAUUCAAAUUUGAAAUAUUCACUACCAUACCUUAAAAUUGAUGUGACUUGAUCACGCAUCAAAUCGAAGAUUUUAUUAAGUGAGCAGGCUUCUCGUUUGUAAUUACAGAAAGAGGCGUGGACAUCAUUUUUCAAUCAUUUCACUUAAUAAAAGUAACGCGGUCCUGAAAAUGCUGAACGCUUAAAAAAACGCGAAAAAUAUUUUUACUAUAUGUAAAAAAGCAUAGAAAUAUCAGCCUUUACAAUAAGAUCUUUAAAUAGAACGAAUGGAUGCUAAUCGGUUGUCAAGAAAUAUGACUUUUAUGACACCCUUUGGACAUGAAGCGCUUUUAUGACGUCGAGUGAUUCCUGCCUAUCAAAAAUAUUGCAUCGGGUGAUGUGUGCCCCCAGAUGCCAUUUUUAUCCUGAACAGGACUCAGCGUUAAGGCGUAUAAUCGUGUGGAUUCGCAGGUAAGUGAGAAAAUGAUUCUGUUUAGCUUUUUUGACUCCCUCUGCAGGCGGCCAAAGGCAAAAUUUCAUGAGAAAUGUCCAAAUUCCGCUCUGUAAAAAACUGACAAAUAAAUAGUAUCAUGUACAAGCAAUGCCAAAGAGGUUACAAUUACAUACUUAUCCAAAAGCUAGAUGAAAAGAUGUUACCAACACUGAACAUUUCAACUGUUACAAAAGAACGAAACAUAUAUUAUCUGAGUUUGGAUUAAAAUGUUGGAAAUGGCAUUGAAAAAGUGUGAACCCUCGUUGAUGCAAAAUCACAAACAUAAGAGAUCACAACAAUAUUUUGAACUAUUUAUUUCACAAAAGACUAAGUGCAUUAAGAAACGAGUCUAACAGGCGGCUUUCACGACUCAGCGUUUACCUGCAGGAUUGAUGGAUUUAAACCACGGAGAUGAGAAACUCUACGCCUAACAAUACUAUCAUAAUUACUUUUGCCUUUCAAUGUGUAUGAGAUUUAAAGGAAAAGCCUUAAAUAUACAGUUCACCUUUCGGUUCAUUUCGCUUAAAAGCUGGCUUCAGGCGAUUCAGUGUAUUAUCGAGAACAAAUAACACUUAAAAUCUUUAGCCGUAUUCUACCUUUGAUAUGUUUCCAAGAAAUGGUUGAAUUUCCGCGCGUUAAACGGGAGGGGGAUACCUUCUUUCCUCAGCAAUGAAAGUCUUUAAAGACAUUCGCAACGAUAACUACAAUACAUAUUUCUUUUAGGUAUAUAUUGUUUUCUCUUAACGACUGAAAUGUACGCAAGGUUUAAGCUUUUAACUCCAGGCAAGUUAAUUACUUAGUAUAUCGUAAGACCCCUUGUUAAAAAUUGAAAUUUACUAAAUGUUUUUCGAUUACAGACCCCGAAAUCGAAAGAAGGAAAAUUGAACUCAUAACCUGGGUCCUAUAAGCUUAAUGGCAUACACAGUUCUUUUGAACAUCCUGCCGAGUUUUUAAUUAAUUUCUUGGUUUAAAAUGAUCCUACUUAAUUGAAAUAAGUGGGAAAAGAUCAAAGAAAGGAAAAUAGAAAUUUCCCGACCAUAUGCACACGUAUAUUCAUUCAUUGAAGCGCAAGGAAGCAGGUUUAAGCUGCGGCCAUAUCAAAUAAAUACUACUUCUUGUGCAUUUUAUUCUUUUGACCAUAAGUUAAAUACUAAAUCUUGAAAAGACAUAUUUAAACUUUAAAGAAUGACAUUUCGAUCCGUACCAACCUUCUCCUUGAGUUAAAAGUAAUUUUUUUAUUGUUCUCGGUUAGCGAUUUUUAUUUAUUUUUCAUGAACUAAUUGAAGACAGCUGUCGAAUGAAAAAGCAAAUACGAUCUGCGAAAUAAGGUUUUUUUUCAGAUAAACUAGGCAAAUAAUAUGGAUACAACUGUCAUCUUCAAUUCCAUAACUUAUGUAUUCUUGCUAAUCUCACUGAACUGAAGAUAAUUAUUUCAGUUCCAGUAUUUCAGUUUAGUAGCUCCAGCGGGGCCAUUUCCUAUGAAACAGUUUUGAAAAAAAAUUAACAGCGCAGAAGGCAAUCUCGUGUUUAUUCAGGUCCAUUUCCACCAUGCCUGUCAAAGUUUAAUGGUUUAAGUAUCAUUUCGUUUCUUGACCUCAUUUUGAUGCUGUUUCACUCCAAACAACUGUUAGUAUUUUGUUUGACUUUCGAGUGUGGACCUUCAUGCUCUACCAAUCUCUAUAAACCAUCUCUGUUUUUGAACUACCAGUUGUCAGGAACAAAUCAUGAUCAUCGGGGUUGUUUCACUUGCAAAUUGGUUCUAGCAUUACCGAGCCUUAUUGACGAGAUCAAGCAAAACUAACUACGAGAGAAUGACAAUGGCAGGGGCGGGUCUAGGGGGAGGGUGCAGGGGGUGCUUACCCUCCCCCCUGAGAUGACCUGCGGUUUUCUAAUACAACUGGUACUCUGCAAAAAAAAACUAUGUGGUUUAUUGGUGUUGAAGUAGAGCAAGAGACGAGUGCACCUCUCCUAAAAAAAUCCUGGAUCCGGCCCUGAAUGUGACUAACAAUAGACGACCGUUUAACUGUGACAAUAGACGGAUCGAAGCGCACCAAUUACUGAUUACGAGUCUUCAUAGCCAAUAACAUCACGGCUUGGCUGACAGACGACCAAUAACAUCGCGACGUAAUUGACCAAUCAGAUCAAUAACCGGAGUAUGAUACCAUCAACUGACGUGAUACAACUCACGUUGACUCUGAAGAUGACUACCGCACAGGUUGUCGAAACGUCAUUCACUGUCAACAACAACAGUCCUAUUCAGGACUACGUUCACCCGGACGAUCAGACUCAACCUACUUUUGAUUACUGAUUCUGUGGACGAAAUCCGUGAAUGUGACCAUGACAGUACUAUAUGCUCCUCAUCGGUAUUUAUCAAGUGUUAUCAUCAAAACUGGCAAUUUUGCUUAAACCCUUUCGAUCCACGUAGAGUAAUAAGUAAUGGAGCCUUGAGCUUGAUCCCUAUAAAUGAAACCGGCCUGCGGUCAGUGUGAUUAUUCAAACCUGACCUCUUUGGCAGUUAACUUUCACGUGGUAUCAACAGUUUGUCGGUAUUUUGCAAAAUGAGGUUUGGAAAUUUUGUUGAAUGUUGUUGUUGACCUCGGUUUCAACGGUCUCAGGAAAGGAGUUCAUGUUAACCGUCGGCAUGAUUCCUGAUAGGCAAUAGUGUUGUGAUGUCAGUUGUGGACGGUCGUACGGGGGGAUCUCUGGCACGGUUCACGGACCAAAAAAGUAACUAAUCACGAAUCACAGAUAUCAAACUUUCAUUUCAGUUUCGAGUCACAUAAUCAACAUGUAAAGUACCGUUUUUUAUCUUGUUCUUCCGCAAAAAGAAAAGUGGUAAAAGAGUGUCUAAAAAACAGCUCGAAAGUGGCGAAAAGAAAAAGCACGACUGCAAAUAGCAGCUUACAAAAAUUCAUCAUUUUCAUUUAAUGCUUUCACGUUCUUUAUUUUUCUUCCGAAGUUCUCGACACUAAAAAUCAGGGAGAAAUAAGAAAUAAAAUCACCAAUAUCGAUUAUUAAUUCGAGCUUUUCUCGGGGCACGAACAACCAUUUGGUCACGGAACACCACUACUGAAUUCACGAUUCGCGAAAAACAAUAAUCACGUAUCACGAAAGUACUACUGUACGACCCUCUUUAUAGGUUUGAAAAGCUGAGUGAAGCUAAGCGAUUUGAACACGGUGCAACGAAUCAAAGAAAUAUGUUUUUAUACCAUAGCCGUGUGUCUAGGUUGACUGGUUGGCUAUCCAUGUUUGUUUGUAUUUUUGACAACUUCGUUGCUUGCAGGUGAAAAUUCUAACGACUACUAGUAAAAGAGGCCUCGGCUGAAUUUAUUUUUAAGCGUUAUUUGGCAAAAACGGUUGCGUUAAGAUCUCUAACAUCUUAAUAAUUAGUUUUAAAAAUUGUCAGAAUGACAACUGAACAACUCAAAAUAGGUGUGGUUUUGAAAACAGCAACAGGCUCUACCAACAUGUAUAAAAUUUCUGUUUAAUGCAUAAUUGUUGAUAGUCUUAUUCUUGCGUACACCUUUUUUUUUCUAUUAGAUAUUGCUUGCGCAAAAAAGGUUCAGUAUUUAUUGUUGUGCGGGUGAUAUAUAUAUCUCGUUUUCGUCUAGACCGUCCAAUUAAAAUUCUAGGAUCUUUUUAUUUGUAACAGAUUUUUCUACAAUUCAAACACCAGUUUUCUACCAAGAUCAAAGAUAAGCCCUCAUGGCUAGUGGCGAGGACAUCACUCUCUUAACACUGUUCUCGAUCCUGGAGAUAAUUUGUCUUUCGUUCAACGUGAUCGUCUGUGUAGCCAUUUAUCGGAGCAAGUCCCUGAAAAUACCAAUGAACAACCUGAUAUUUCACCUGGCAAUCUCGGAUUUUGUAAUCGGUCUGUUUAUCCUACCUCGACAUGUGUUUACUGCGGCGUUUCGACAUCCCGUUGGCAUCGCUGGGGACUACCUUUGCAAGUUUAUCACGGGUAGUGGAAUUCUUUGGACUAGCUCCACAGCAUCUGGGUUUCUGCUUAUCGCCAUCGCUGUUGAACGCUUUAUGUCACUUAGAAUUCAGAAUCAGGGAAAGGAAAUAACUACUGCGCGGCUUAAGCGAGUGGUCGCAUUUUGUUGGAUUACAGCCGUAUUGGCGAAUCUACCAACGCUGAUUGUGUUUAGUUAUGAUGAACAAACGGACUUCUGCCAUGAAAAGUGGCCGACAUGGGUCUCUCCAAAAGCUUACGUUGCGUGUAUUUUUCUUUUUGGUAUAAGUUCAGUUUUGGUUAUGUUUGUUCUGUACACUCAAGUGAUAUAUACACUUUGGAACAGGCAAAGACGGGCGACAGAAAUUUCCCAGGCGGCGCGAAUUCGCGCGAGAAAAAAUAUCACAAAGUUACUGGUUCUAGUAACCUUUAUUCAUACAGUUUGUCGUUUACCCAACUACACGACUUAUUUACUGGCAUACUAUGCUCCGUCGGUCAGCUAUGGAUCAAACGUUUACAAUUUAACCGUGUUGCUGAUCCUACUGAAUUCCACACUACAUCCGUUUAUGCUGUUCUCGAAUGUGCAGGGAUUCACACGGCCAUUGUUCGUAUCGUUCUUCUGUUGCCGUGAUAACAGAGUCGUUGUCGAGCCAGAGAGCGAGCACGUAAGUUUGCAAGCUGUACGACCGUCAUUGUUUCUUUUACGUGACACAGAAACCGGUUUGAUGUCCAGACCUUUGGCACCCCCCAGCCGGCCGCACAGCAGUUCGUGA